CGACCUGACCCGGAAGAGGCAGUCUUCAGGUCCCACGUGUUCCACGAGCAUGGCGGAGACGGAGAGUAUGGACGUCGCUGAGCCUGUGUCUCCGGUGGAGGUCCCGAAGACGGGCGCCGGGCCUGCCGACCGUCAUGGUCUGCUGAAGCACAGCCGCGAGUUCUUGGACUUCUUCUGGGACAUUGCGAAGCCGCAGCAGGAGACGCGGCUUGAGGCCACGGAGAAGCUGCUGGAGUAUCUGCGCGCAAGGCCAAAGGGAUCGUCCGAGAUGAAGUACGCCCUGAAGCGCCUAAUCACCGGGCUCGGGGUCGGACGUGAAACAGCCCGGCCCUGCUACAGUCUGGCCCUAGCACAGCUGUUACAGUCUUUUGAAGACAUCCCUCUCUGCAGCAUCUUGCAGCAGAUACAGGAGAAGUAUAACCUGCAGAAGGUGAAGAAGGGGAUGAUGAGACCAGCUCUCUUUGCAAACCUGUUUGGGGUGCUAGCCCUCUUUCAGUCAGGCAGGCUGGUGAAGGACUCGGAGGUGCUGAUGAAGUCGGUGAAGCUGCUGCAAGUCCUGGCUCAGCACUACAACCACCUGCAGGAGCAGCCCCAGAAGGCCCUGGUGGACAUCCUUUCUGAGGUCCCUGAGGCCGUGUUGCAGGAGGUGCUGCCGAAGGUCCUCAAGACCGAGCUGAGUUCAGUUCUCGGCUCCCCUGAGCACCUGGAGCUGUUCCUCUUGGCCCAGCAGAAGGUGCCCAAGAAGCUGGAGAAGCUGAUGGGACCGGUCAACCUGUUCUCAGAUGAGAACAUCCCCAGGCUGGUGACUGUGCUGAAGAUGGCGGCCACCUCUGUGAAGAAGGAGCGCAAGCUGCCCGCCGUGGCUCUGGACCUGCUCCGCCUGGCGCUCCAGGAGGACAAGUUCCCAUGGUUCUGGAAAGAGGUGGUGGAGCAGGGGCUGCUGAAGAAGCAGUUCUGGCCAGCCAGCUACCUGUGUUUCCGCCUGCUGGGCGCAGCCCUGCCGCUGCUGUCCAAGGAGCAGCUGCAGCUGGUGAUGCGGGGGGACCUGAUCCGACAUUACGGGGAACACAUGGUCACGGCCAAGCUCCCGAACCACUACAAGUUUGCUCCGGAGAUGAACCAGUACGUGGAGGCCUUCUUGGAAGGCUGCCGGGAUGACGCUGAGCGGCAGUUGGCCAUGGUCGUGGCCUUCACCUCCGUCACCAACCAGGGCCUCCCUGUCAUGCCUACCUUCUGGCGGGUCGUGAAGCUCCUGAGUCCCCCCGCCCUCCAGGGCUACGUGGCCUGGCUGCGGGACAUGUUUCUCCAGCCCGACCUGGACGCCCUGGUGGACUUCAGCACCAACAACCAGAAGAAGACGCAGGACGCUUCGCUCCAUGGGCCUGAGCGAGCUGUGUUCCGGCUCCGGAAGUGGAUCAUCCUCCGCCUGGUCAGCAUCGUGGACUGCGUGCACGCCGAGAAGGAGGAGGCCUUGACCGAGGAGGUGGCCAGGUUUUGUUUCUUCCAUUCCUUCUUUGAGACAAAGAAGCCCACGUCCCAGAUCCCAGAGACCGAGCAGCACUUCUCCCCCGCACUGGAGAGCCGGACCCGGGAGGUGGUGAGCGGUGCCUUCUUCAGCUUGCUGCAGACCCUCAGCACGCAGUUCAGGCAGGCGCCGGAGCAGGCCCAGGACAGGCAGCCCUGGACCUACCGCCUCGUGCAGUUUGCAGACAUGCUGUUGAGCCACAGCCGCAACGUGGUUCCCCUGACGCCCUUCACCACGCAGCAGCGACAGGCCUGGGACCGGAUGCUGAAGACGCUGAAGGAGCUAGAGACCCACUCCUCAGAGGCCAAGGCCAAGGCCACUGCCUUCCAGCACCUGCUCCUCCUGGUGGGCAUCCACCUCUUCAAGUCCCCUGCAGAGAGCUGUGACCUGCUGGGCGACAUCCAGACCUGCAUCAAGAAGAGCCUGGGAGAGAAGACCCGCCGGACCCGCUCCAAGGCCACCAACCCCCAGGAGCUGCCGUGGGUGGAGGUGCUGGUGGAGAUCCUGCUGUCCCUCCUGGCCCAGCCCAGCCACCUGAUGCGCCAGGUGGCCCGGAGCGUGUUUAGCCACAUCUGCUCCCACCUGACUCCACGCGCCCUGCAGCUCAUCCUGGACGUGCUAAACCCCGAGGAGAGCCAGGAUGAGGACGACAACGUGGUGGUCACAGACGACUCUAAGGAGGAGCCGCUGGGGGAGGCGGAGGUACUUGGCCGCAGGAGGGAGGGUGGGCGUUCGUGCGGUGGGCGAUGGGGAGGCGUGACACACAGCCACCCCCAGGACAAGAGCUCGGACGACGAGGACAACAAAGGCGACAAGAACUCAGAGAGUGAGGAGGAGAGCGACGGGGAGGAGAGCGACGAGGCGGAGCGGGACGGGGAUGUGGACCAGGGCUUCCGGGAGCAGCUGAUGGCGGUGCUGCAGGCGGGGAAGGCGCUGGGCGGAGGGGACGGUGAGGACGACGACGACGAGGAGCUGGGGGACGAGGCCAUGAUGGCCCUGGACGAGAACCUGGCCAGCCUCUUCGCCGAGCAGAAGCUGCGCAUCCAGGCCCGGAGGGAAGAGAAGAACAAGCUGCAGAAGGAGAAGGCGCUGCGGCGGGACUUCCAGAUCAGGGUCCUGGACCUGAUCGAGGUGCUGGUGACCAAGCAGCCCGAGAACCCCCUGGUCUUGGAGCUGCUCGAGCCGCUGCUGCACAUCAUCCGGCGCAGCAUGCGCACCAGCAGCGCCAAGCAGGAGCAGGACCUGCUGCACAAGACGGCCCGCAUCUUCACACACCACCUGUGCCGCUCCCGGCAUUACUGCCGCGACGUGGGGGACCGUGUGGAGACAGUGUAUGCCCAGCUGGAGCGGCUGGUGCGGCAGGCCGGCCAGCAGGCCGACUCCUCCGUCGCCCUGUACCACUUCAACGCCUCGCUCUACCUGCUCCGGGUCCUGAAGGGCAGCACCGUGGACAAGUCCGCCCAGAAGGAGAAAACCACCGCCGCUGAUGCCAGCGCCCAGGGCCGCGAGGCUGCCACCUGCUUGGACUUGAGCCGCGUGACCCCGAUCUACUCAGCGGUGCUGAGCUCGUUCCUGACCAAGCGCAACAGUCCGCUCACCGUUCCCAUGUUCCUCAGCCUCUUCUGCCGGCACCCGAUGCUCUGUAAGAACCUGCUCCCCCUCGUGGUCGAGCACAUAGCCAGCCACAGUCGGCCCCGCCAUCAGGCCCAGGCCUGCCUGCUGCUCCAGAAGAGCCUGCACACGCGGGAGCUGAGACUGUGCUUUAAGGCCCCGGAGUGGGAGCAGCUGAUGGGCCAGAUCCUGGCGAAGGUCUCCGAGAACCUGCGGACGCUGGGGGAGGCCGAGACCAAGUCGGAGCACCAGAAGGAGUUGUCCUCCUUGGAGCUGCUCAACACUCUCUUCAAGAACAUUCGCCAGGAGAAGCUGACCACGGACCUGAGCGCCGUCCUGGGUGUGCUGCAGAGCCAGCAGCCGAGGCUGCAGCAGAAGCUCCAGCAGGAGGAGCACUCGACCGGGACCGGCUCCAGCCGCCUCCACGACCUCUACUGGCAGGCCAUGAAGCUCCUUGGGGUCCAGCGCCCCAAGUCAGAGAAGGAUGCCAAGGAAGUCCCUGAGGCCACGCAGAACCCCGUUAGCAUGAAGCGGAAGAAAAAGGGGUUCUUGCCGGAGACCAAGAAGCGCAAGAAACGCAAGUCUGAGGGCGCCGUGCAGGGGGAGGGGGCUGCGCCCGCAGCCACCGGUGGGGACCAGCCCCCCAGCACAGGCAAGAAGAGGAGGAACAAGCGGAAGGCCAAGGUCCCAGCCCCGUCCCAGGUCAACGGGAUGCCUGCUGCCAAGAGUCCAGCCCCAGACUCCCCCGCCCAGCCCCCCAAGCCAAAGAAGAGAAAGCGGAAGCAGUCCCAGGUGAACGGGACCCCUGCUACCAAGAGUCCGGCCCCAGACUCCCCUGCGCAGACCCCAAAGCCGCAAAAGCAAAAUGAGAAGCAGUCCCAGGUGAAUGCGACCCCUGCCAUCGAGAGUCCGGCCCCAGACCUCUCUGCCCAGACGCCAAAGCCGCAGAAGAAAAAUCCGAAGCUGUCCCAGGUAAAUGGGACGCCUGCCACCAGGAGUCCGGCCCCAGACCCCCCUACCCAGACCCCAAAGCUGCAGAAGAAAAAUCAGAAGCUGUCCCAGGCGAAUGCGAUGCCUGCCACCAAGAGUCCGGCCCCAGGCCCCCCUGCCGCAAGCCCCACCGCCUCCGCCCAGACUCCAAAGCUGCAAAAGAAAAAUCAGAAGCUGUCCCAGGUGACUGUGACGCCUGCCACCAAGAGUCCGGUCUCAGACCUCCCCACCAUAAGCCCUGGCCCCCCUGCCCAGACCCCAAAGCUGCAGAAGAAAAAUCAGAAGCUGUCGCAGAUGAAGGGAGCCACCCCGGAAUCCCUCGACUCCCCCGAGGAGCCUGCUGCCAAAAAGCGUCCAAAGAAGAAUCUCCCCCAAAAGGGCAUCUUGGGCAAGUCUCCGCAGUCGGCGCUGCCACGGAAAAAGGCCAGGUUGUCUUUGGCCAGCAGGAGCCCCAGCCUCCUCCAGAGCGGGGCCAGGAAGAAGGUGCAGCCGCGGAAGGUGAAGAAGCUCUGAGUGCCCCCAGACGCCCUAGAGACUCCUAUUUUUUCAUCACAAUUUUAAUUAAAAAGCUGCUGUCGGAGGUCCUACCUUCCACGCUGCGGGGAGUGGGGUCUGCUGCCAGCCUGCCGAGAGGUCCCCCUGCACUGGACACAGUCCGAGUCCUUUUCUGAGUGAGACCCCCCAGCCCUGGGCUGGGCCCUGGCACCUGGGCAGUGUGGGCCCGGCCCAGGGCUCUUGGUUGUGUGUGGGGCAGGGCGGGGGGACGACCCGUGUGACCCCACCCCACCCCCCAGCCUGCUUUGCUGUAGGAACCACUAGAGCGUGAUUUAAAUAGCUUUAUUCAUUUACAAGAGGAAUAUAUUUGGCUUCUCUCUUAAAGACUCUGAGAUUCACAAUCAGCAGCUCUAAAAAAUAAAGGAGCAGUUUGGCUUCCGGAAGGAAGAGGAAGCAA